AUGAUUAGAUACAAUCUGCAAAUACUGGGCUUAAGCGAAGUGCGUGGAAAUGGUUUCGGCGAACUGAGAACGUCCAAAGUCCUAACUCUUCUAUACUCCGGGAAGGAAAAUGAGGAUGACGACCUUGAAUAUGGCGUCGCUCUCCUCCUCUCUAACUCCGCAAAGAGAAGUCUUUUGGACUGGAAACCGAUCUCAGAUCGAAUCAUUUGGGCCCGUUUCAGCUCAAGAGCCCGGAAGAUCUCCAUUGUGCAGUGUUACGCUCCCACCAACACGUCUACGGAAGACACCAAGGAUGACUUUUACAACACUCUAAAUGCCACACUUAAAGGCUUGAACUUCGUAACCGCUUCACCUGACGAUGACUCAAUAGACGAAGAGUGGAAAUGCAUCAAAGUGGCCUACACAGAGACCAGCUCAUUCGUCUUAGGUCACAUUAAGCACUCGCGCGAGAAUUGGAUGUCCUCGAUUCGUAAAAAAAUCUAUCGCAGCUCGCGAAAUGACAGAAGGGUGUGGGUUGACGGUAUUGCUGACCACGCUAAAACUGCCGCUAACACCGGCAACAUGACAGAACUAUAUAAAGCGACUAAAAUCUUGGCAGGGAAGAGAAGUCAGCGUAAGAACCCUCUAAAAUCAAAAGAUGGUCAGCUUAUCGUAACAUCAGAAGGGCAACUACGACGCUGGCGUGAGCACUUUGAGGAAACCUUUCGUCCCUCAGCAUUGUCUACGCCAGGUGCGCAAGAUACAUCUCCACCACCCAGGCUACUUAACAUCGACGUCGAACCACCUACACUUGAUGAAGUAGCGAGAGCGGUCUUAAGAGUGGCUGCAGAAAUGUUAAAAGCGGACUUGGCUACCACCAUCGACACGCUGACACCUUUGAUUGCAAAAUCUGGACCAGCGAGAAGCUUCCGGAGGACUGGAACAGGGACCUUAUAUUAUAACUGUGCCCAAAAAAGAUGA